GGUGCUGUUGGUGCUGUGCCCCCCGUAGGCAGGAUGAUGUGCGAGGUGCUGCCCACCAUCAGCGAGGACGCCCGCCGGGGCUCGGGCUGCCCCGAGGAGCCGGGGCUGGAGCAGCUGAUGGUGCAGAUGCUGCGGGAGCGGGAGCGGCUGCUGGAGACGCUGCGGGGACAGCCAGGAGGGGCUGGCGGAGCCGCCCAGCUGCGCCUGCGGGACCUGGCACACGAAAAGGACCUGUUGCAGCGCCAGCUGGCCAGCGCCCUGCCCCAGGAGUUCGCUGCGCUGACGAAGGAGCUGAACGUCUGCCGGGAGCAGCUGCUAGAGCGGGAGGAGGAGAUUGCCGAGCUCAAGGCUGAGCGCAACAACACGCGGCUGCUGCUGGAGCACCUGGAGUGCCUGGUGUCCCGCCACGAGCGGUCCCUGCGGAUGACAGUGGUCAAGCGCCAGGCGCAGUCCCCCGCAGGGGUCUCCUCUGAGGUCGAGGUCCUCAAAGCCCUCAAGUCCCUCUUCGAGCACCACAAGGCCCUGGAUGAGAAGGUUCGGGAGCGGCUGCGGGUGGCCCUUGAGCGGGUGGCUGUCCUCGAGGAGGAGCUGGAGGUCUCCAACCAGGAGGCGCUGUCCCUGCGGGAGCAGCUCUCCCGACGCCGCUCGGGGCUGGAGGACGCACCCAGUGAUGGGGGACACACCGGUAUGAGGGGUCACGGGGGCACCCCCGAGGGCCGGCGGCGUGAGGCCGAGCUGGAGGCCGCGCUGGGCCGGCAGCGGGCGGCAGCGGCGGCUCAGCGGGAGCGGGUGGCCACCCUGUGCCGCCAAUUGGGGCGGCUGCAGGACCAGGCCGCAGCAGCGCAGCGGGAGCUGGCACGGGCACAGGAGGCCGGGGCCAAGCUGCAGCGCGACCUCAAGGAGGCGCUGGCGCAGCGGGAGGACAUGGAGGAGCGCAUCACCACACUGGAGAAGCGCUACCUGAGUGCGCAGCGUGAGGCCACCUCCCUGCAUGAUGCCAACGACCGCCUGGAGAACGAGCUGGCCAGCAAGGACUCGCUCUACCGCCAGAGUGAGGAGAAGGGCCGGCAGCUGCAGGAGUGGCUGGAGGACGCCAAGGCCAAGCUCCAGCAGACGCUGCAGAAAGCCGAGACCCUGCCCGAGAUCGAGGCCCAGCUGGCGCAGAGGGUGGCCGCCCUCACCAAGGCUGAGGAGCGCCACGGGAACUUUGAGGAACGCCUGCGGCAGCUGGAGGCCCAACUGCAGGAGAAGAAUCAGGAACUGCAGCGGGCUCGCCAGCGGGAGAAGAUGAACGAUGAGCACAACAAGCGGCUGUCGGAGACGGUCGACCGGCUGCUCUGUGAGUCCAACGAGCGGCUCCAGCUCCACCUCAAGGAGAGGAUGGGGGCUCUGGAGGAGAAGAACUCGCUCAGUGAAGAAAUUGCCAACAUGAAGAAGCUGCAGGACGAGCUGCUGCUCAACAAGGAGCAGCUGCUGGCAGAGAUGGAGCGGAUGCAGCUGGAGCUUGACCAGCUGCGGGGGCGCCCCGUCUCCUCCUACUCCAGAUCCCUGCCGGGCAGUGCUCUGGAGCUGAGGUACCCCCAAACCCCCGUCGGGGGGGCUCCCCUGGACCCCUACGCCCCCGGUGCCCCCCCCCGCAGGACCCGUAAGGGGCGCUGGGCACCUCCCAAGGAGGACGCUGCCAAGGGCGGGGAGUGGGAGCGCGGGGGCUCGGCGGAGGCUCCCCCCGAGGGCUCUGACGAGGAGGAGCGGGGGGGCGCGGGGGGUGCGGAGCUGCUGUCCCCCGGCGGGCAGGCAGACGUGCAGACGCUGGCCUUCAUGCUGCAGGAACAGCUCGAGGCCAUCAACAAGGAGAUCAAGCUGAUCCAGGAGGAGAAGGAGUGCACGGAGCUGCGGGCGGAGGAGCUGGAGAGCCGGGUGGGGGGUGGGGGGCUGGAGGGGGCCCCCCUGGGGCGCUACCGGGGGGGGAGCGCCUCCCUGCCCCCCUCCCUCACCAGCUCCACCUUGGCCAGCCCCUCCCCCCCCAGCAGCGGCCGCUCCACCCCCCGCCUGGCCCCCCCUAGCCCUGCCCGCGAGAACCACGUCCCCAAGGAGGAGCCCCGGGGGGCUGAGGAGAAGGGGCCGGGUCCUGGGGACCCCCCGCCCCCCCCCGAGCACCCCCGACUGGAGCGGGGGGGCCCCCCCUUGGCGCUGCCAGCGGCUGGGCUGGAAGAGGGGCGCGACUCACGAGGUCCCGGUGCCCCCCCCGACCCCCUGCACAAGACCCCCAAGAAGAAGAGCAUCAAGUCGUCCAUCGGGCGCCUCUUCGGCAAGAAGGAGAAGGGGCGCCUGGGCCCCCCCCCGCGAGACGCCCCCUCCCUCGCUGGGACCCCCUCGGAGGAGCUGGGCCCCCCCGACGCGCUGGGGCUGGCCAAGCUCUCAGGGGCAGUGGAGAAGGAUCGACGGAGCAAGAAAAAGCACGAGCUGCUGGAGGAGGCGUGUCGACAGGGGCUGCCCUUCGCCGCCUGGGACGGGCCCACCGUGGUCUCCUGGCUGGAGGUGGGGGCUGCGGCGGGUGCCCCCCAACCAAACUGGGGGGGCUGGGGGAGGGGAUGA